CUCUUUGUCCAGUCCGAGUCGCCGGUGCCCAAGUAGCAAUAAACCCCGGUGGGGAGGGGGGGGGUUUUCUGAAUUGAUUAGCUGCUCUCUCGGUAUUGGCUAGUUUUGGAUAACCGGCACAUCGCCGCAGCCCUUGAAUGCAGCGCGGUCAAAAGUCACCCAAAGGUUGCAGGGUCACUUCCAAUGAAAAGAUGAGGGGUGCUGCUUCUCAUCGCCUCGGAGCCUCGCGGGGACAAAGAUGAGACGCACACUAUUGAAAAUGUGGCGCUUUACGCCUUCCCACCUGACCGUGGCAUCUCUGAGCUCCGUGUGAAUGAGGGACCGGUGGUAAAUUGACCGACGUCUAGACAAGAAGGACGUAAACAACAUGUUUUGCUAGACGUGAUGCGACACGCCCCGUGUUUUGGUUUCACGCUUUCCGCCUUGCGCUCCAGGCGACUUUUUUUAUUUUAUUUUUUAUUUUGCCUCCUCGAUUUGUGCGACCAAACUAAAGUUCGCAUUGCGUAAAACAUCUGGAGAUAUAUUAUUAGAACUGAAGAUGAAAUUCUAACUACAACAGCUCUGUGCGAGAGGGGAAAAUAAAAACAGCUUAUUGCCUUAUUUAUGAAUGACACCUCUAUAAAUUCUGUCUGGACACGUUUAACGUUGGAUUUCUCACCGGAAUGUGUAGCUCCGUGCGCACGGUUGUUGGGACAGCUUGCCACCACGGCUCCACGUUUUCUUUGAUGUUUUUACAAUGUUUGUCCAGUUGCUUAGCGCAUGGUGCUGCUUCAUAAGACUUUCAGACACUGGACGACUAUGGGGGCGGUCAGAGGGGGCUGCCCUUUCCACCUCCAUUCACACUCUGAAAGGCUGAUGUUGCGUCUUUCUCUCUUCAUUGUGCAGGUUUCGUUCGCCUAUUUCGCCGUUCGGGGAAAUCAAACCUGAAUGAGAGUUUGCCCAUUCUUUCAAGGGUUUUGUUUUGAUGAUCAAUCCGAAGAUUUCAUUUGAGCCAACGGCGUUUUUAAGCGCGUUUCUUGGAUAUAUUUUGAUCAUUAGAUGACCAGUGUGCGGGAACUCGUUCUGAUCUUUUGGCUCGCUUGCUGCAACUCUCCUCUCUGCGCACAGCAAACUGAUUUCCACAAUGUCUACGCACAAAACGGACGACUACACUUUAUUUCGAAUCUGAAGACCUAAAGGAGGAAUGGAUUUACUCGGUGGGCGACUCAUGCAAAAGAGCAAUGAUGUUUAAAUUCCCUCUGCAACUUUUGGGGGAUAUAAGUAUAAAGGAUAAAAGUUGGCAUAACGCACCCAACUUAAGUAAACCACUGUUUGGAUGGAUACUUGCGUAUUUGUUGAUGCUCUUGGUUUGCGAAUUACCCGAACUUUCUUUGUGUGCAAGUGUGGCAGGAUCCAAAGUUAAACAUGAAGGAUUUUGUCCCAACAAGCUAAAUUCCAAUCUGUGGGUUGAUGCGCAAAGCACCUGCGAGAGGGAAUGCAACGUCGAUGAGGACUGCGCAGACUUUGAGAAAUGCUGCACCAACGUGUGUGGCCUCAACAGCUGUGUGGCUGCACGUUUCUCUGAUGGCACUCCUGCCCAGCCAGAUGGGCAGGGUGGAGGAAAAGGAAACGAUGCCCCCACCUCCACUGCUACCUGUGAGGGCUUCAUCUGCAGCCAGCAGGGGGCAAUCUGUGACAUCUGGGAUGGACAGCCCAUCUGCAAGUGCCAGGACCGGUGCGAGAAAGAGCCCAACUUCACCUGUGCUUCAGAUGGCCUCACCUACUUCAACCGCUGCUACAUGGAUGCAGAGGCCUGCAUCCGUGGGGUGAGUUUAACUGUGGUCGCCUGCCGUUUUUACCUGGCCGGGCCUCACACCAGUCCACUGCCUCAGGACACCACAGCCAACCCCACGCCGACAUCCUCGCAGGAGGAUCCAUUGCCCCCCACACUGUACUCCAACCCUCACCACCAGUCUAUCUAUGUUGGAGGCACAGUCAGCUUCCACUGUGACGUUAUUGGAGUCCCCAGACCUGAUGUAACAUGGGAGAAACAGAGUGAAAGGCGCGAACGCCUGGUCAUGAGGCCUGACCAGAUGUAUGGCAACGUGGUUAUCACCAACAUCGGUCAGCUGGUCAUUUAUAAUGCACAGGUGUGGGAUACAGGUAUCUACACCUGCAUUGCACGUAACUCUGUGGGAGUUCUUCAUGCAGACUACCCGCUGUCUGUUAUCCGCCGGGCUGAUGAUGAUUUCUCUGAAGAUCCUGAGAUGCCCAUGGGCCGGCCAUUCUCACCAGCAGACUGCCUGGCUGAAGUAGACCUGAGAGUGUGCAGUGGUGAGCGUCAUGUAGACUGGUAUUAUGACAGCAAGCUGGCCUCCUGCAUGGCUUUCAGCAACGGUGGAUGUGACGACAGCCGCAACCGAUUUGAGACUUAUGAGGAGUGCAAGGCCUCCUGUCAGAGAGAGGGGAUGGGCAUCUGCUCACUGCCUGCUGUCCAGGGCCCCUGCAAAGCUUGGGAGCCACGUUGGGCCUGGAACUCACUCAUGAAACAGUGCCAAGCCUUUGCCUAUGGUGGCUGCCACGGGAAUGCCAACAGCUUCCGCACCAAGAAGGAGUGUGAGGCAAACUGCCCACAACCCAAAAGGAAACCUUGUAAGACCUGUCGGGUGAAGGGGAAAAUGGUGCCCAGUUUAUGCCGGAGUGACUUUGCUAUUGUGGGGCGGCUGACAGAACUGGUGGAGGAUCUGGACUCUGGGUUAGCCCGCUUUAGCUUGGAAGAGGUCCUGAGAGAUGAAAAGAUGGGCUUGACUUUCUUUAAUACCAAACACCUCGAGGUCACUAUAGCCAAGAUAGACUGGAGCUGUCCCUGCCCCAACAUCACCAUGGAGGAAAACCCUUUGCUGGUGAUGGGUGUAGUGCAGGAUGGCAUAGCCAUUAUCCAAUCAGACAGCUAUGUCAGAGCCAUAACUGAACGCAGACUCAAGAAGCUACGUGAGGUUCUGGGUAAAAAGACCUGUGAGGCAUCUUAAAAGUCCCAGAACUCAGACUUGGUAGCCCACAGAAAGUUUGUGGUCACCUUUACCUUUAGCACUGAAGAUGAGCAUCAGAACUGCAACGAGAAAAGCUGAUAUUUAAUAACAGCUUUUUACAUCAAAAGACAAAAACAUGUUCAAUACUGUAUGUUCAUUUGUACGUACAAUACAUAUUCGUUACAACACAGUUUGUACUACAUUCCAGAGUUAAUAUCAGUGCUGAAAUGCUCCCUCUUUAAAAAAGUUUCAAUCUAGUCUAGUGUUUUGAUGUUUUCUGAACGUUCAUAUUCUAAAAAAUGAGAUAGUAGCAGGAUAGCAGCCGCACAGGUGGAUUAACUUGCAAAAAAUCCUAGCUUAUGAUAUGAAAGAUUUAGACUUUUGUUGUGUUUUACUGUUUAUUUUGUAUUGUCCUCUUUAUAUUAGUUAUAGGUGUUUUAAAUAGGUUUCCUUCUGUUGUUAUGUCUAAUUUUAAGAUCUAAUGCACGGGAAG